CAACUUUCACUGAUGAAAUAUACGAGGUGCAAGUUUUACGACGACGACGGCAAGCCGGUGGUCCCUGGCGGGUGUUGGGCGGGUCAUCAAUGCAGAUGGGCCCACCCAGACGAAUCCCAUUGGAGGCAUGCAGGCAGGAAACUACUAGCCACGGCCAGGCCUCCCAACUAUCGAGACGACAAUCGCUCCCGAGACCGCACAACAUCAGAGAGCGGUUGGGACCCAAAUAUGUGGAAGAGUAAACCGAAGCAAAAGGCAGACGUGAAUCCACCGAUGUCACUGGCGAAAGGAAGCGACAAGGGCUGGGGCGGUAGCGGUUGGGGGAGCAAUGUCGCAAGUGAUUCCGGCUGGGGUGCCAAAGGGAAAGGGAAGAGCAAUGAUACUUCAGCAACGACGGUGGUGGAUACGAACGAUUGGGGAUCGGGUGGAGGCUGGGGGUCGACUGGGGGGUGGGGUGAUCCAGAAAUGGAGACUCAGAGUGGCCGGGGAAAUAAGGAAGCAGGCACAAGCUCGGGCGGAUGGGGAAAUCAGGACUGGGGCGCUGGCUGGGGGACAGAUGCUAACAAAACGACCAAGGAAAGCACUGGUGGCUGGGGCGACGCGUCAAACAUCGCUAGUGGGUCGGGAAGCAAAGGGAAAGAGAAGGAGGACACCGGUGGCUGGGGAAAUAAGACAAAGGAAACUGACGGGCCAUCAAAACCCGCUGCCCUCCCAUUCAGACCCCCACUUCAAGUCAACACACAAGACAUCCCUCCACCAGAUCAGCCUCCACAAUCUGCAUUCUCGUUUCGUGCUACUUCUGUUUCUCUUUCAGAACGUAACACUAUCGUGUCCUCCUCGACGCCGGCGAUGUCUCGAACCCAGCCACUCCGUCUUCAGCUCGAACUGAUGAACCGCGCUGAAGUCAAUCACGAAAUUAUCAAGAAUUUCGUGCGUGUAGUCCAGCUCAUGGUCGAAGAUAAAGAGUUGCAGCGGCGACGUUUACAAUGGAAACCAGAGAAACACUCUGGCAUGUUUACUAGGGUGUCGAAGGCGACGGGCCAGAGGCUGGACUCGACGCUGCCUGAUGAGCUUAAAGUCCGGCUCAGCCACGCUCGUGACGCUUUGUUAGCCUUCCCAGAGCUUCCCGCUUUGAACUGGUCAAAGCUCGAUCGAGACAUCGCGUCUUAUGCUGAGCAGCUCGCGGUCUGGGAAAAACAGUAUAAAAGCGGGUCAAACAAAGGCAGUACCUCUGACGACGUCGACAUGCCAGAUGUGCAGUUAACGCUCCAGGAGCGUAUUCAGAAUCAGAUUAGGAAAAUCAUAGACCUCCAAGACAUCUUCGUUGAACAAUCCGAAAUCACGCCCGCAGAACAUGUCGACCAGGUCCUGGAAACAAUACGCACGCGGGCAGCAGAAGAAACACAGGGACCGAUAGCCGAUCUCAGAGUGCAAGCAAAAUCUGCGGGGAGCCAGCUUGAGCUCGCGGGAGCUAAUCUGGCGUCGAUGGCGUCGGACAGCGGGUUGGAGACCAGAGUCGAGGAAUUGGGGCUUGAUAAGCAAUGGGAACGACAACAAGCACUAGAGGCCCAACUCGCUGGAAUCGAACAACAACAACAGCUGAAACGCACGAGAAAUGCCGAGAUGCUACGGAAGCUUAACGAAUAUGCCCAACGCAAGUCAGAGCCACCUCCUUCCACACUAGAUCCUGCGGUAGAAGCCAGAGUGCAAGAACACGUGACCGAUAUCCUGCAACGAGAAAUCCAACCAGCGCUGGAGGCAGCAGCGUACCAAUAUUCUGAAGCACUGGCGCGUCGAAUGCGUAGCCUGGCCGAGGUAUUAAAUCCAGUCGAUGAACAAGUUGAAGCUAUUCGGGCCCGUGGCCGUGAGCGUUUCGAGCCUUCGCCCGCGCCAAUCUAA